AUUGGCGCUAGAGAGGGCCGUAAUCUAAAAUGGCAGCUGUGAGACUGUCUUCGUUGUAUUCUCGGAACAGAAAUAGAUGGCAGUCUAUAUUGAAAGCAUGGGUCAGAUACCAAUCAUCAGAUUCUGGACACUUUGCUCCUAUAGAAAAAGUAUUAGUAGCAAACCGUGGAGAAAUAGCAUGUCGCGUGAUAAGGACAGCCAAAAGACUUGGAUUGCGAACCGUAGCAGUUUAUAGUGAUGCUGACAGCCAUUCCUUGCACGUUGGAAUGGCAGACGAAGCUUAUAACAUUGGUCCAGCUGCAUCUCAACUAAGCUAUUUGAAUCAAGAAAGGGUUAUUGCUGUGGCCAAGCAAGUUGGUGCUCAGGCUAUACAUCCAGGAUAUGGAUUUCUGUCUGAGAACACUGAGUUUGCAGAACUCUGCAAAAAAUCCCAGUUGAUUUUCAUUGGACCUCCAGCUACAGCCAUCAGAGACAUGGGAAUAAAAAGCACCUCCAAGGCAAUCAUGGCUGCUGCUGGAGUACCUGUUAUAGAAGGUUACCAUGGUGAUGAUCAAUCUGAUGAAAAUUUGAGAAAGGAAGCUAAAAGGAUUGGUUUCCCAGUAAUGAUCAAAGCUGUUAGAGGAGGUGGUGGAAAGGGCAUGAGAACUGCAAUGUCAGAAAAAGAAUUUCAUGGCCAGCUUGAAUCAGCUCGUAGGGAAGCAAUGAAAUCAUUUGGGGAUGAUGCUAUGCUCAUUGAAAAAUUUGUUGAAAAUCCUCGCCAUGUGGAAGUACAGGUAUUUGGGGACCAUCAUGGAAACUAUGUUUACCUGUUUGAGAGAGACUGUAGUGUUCAGAGAAGACAUCAGAAAAUAAUAGAAGAAGCUCCAGCCCCUGGUUUGACACAAACAACUCGGCAGCUAAUCGGGGAAGCAGCUGUACGAGCAGCAAAAGCUGUUAACUAUGUAGGAGCAGGAACAGUGGAAUUUAUUAUGGAUAAACGUCAGAUGUUUUACUUCAUGGAAAUGAACACUAGACUGCAAGUCGAACACCCUGUGACAGAAAUGGUGACAGGGACGGACCUAGUGGAGUGGCAGCUAAGGGUAGCAGCUGGUGAAAUACUGCCACUGACACAAGACGAGCUUAAAUUAGAUGGUCACUCACUGGAAGCUCGGAUCUAUGCUGAAGAUCCUGACAAUGAUUUCAUGCCUGGAGCUGGCCCUUUGACUUACCUUAACACCCCUGUUCCAGGAGAAAGGGUUAGAAUAGAAACGGGAGUUCAACAGGGAGAUGAAGUGUCAGUUCAUUAUGACCCUAUGAUUGCAAAGCUAGUGGUUUGGGGGCCUAAUCGUCACCUUGCCUUAAGAAAACUUCAUCAGUGUCUCUCUGAGUAUAAUAUUGUAGGCUUGAAUACAAACAUUACUUUUCUGAUGGAUUUGGCUUCUCAUCGUGAGUUUUUGAAUGGGAAUGUUCACACAGACUUUAUUCCUAUGUACAGAAAGGAGUUGUUUCCCCAAAGGCCACUCUCUAAUACCUUACUGUGUGCAGCGGCACUUGGAUUCAUUCUGCAGGAACGAAUAGAAGGUUACAGUACAACUUUACAAUCCCUAGAUCCAUUCUCCCCCUUUGGAAUUAUGGAUGGAUUAAGAAUUAAUGCCCAGUUUGUCAGAGAAAUUAACUUGCAGCACAAGGAAACAGUGUACGAUAUCAACGUGACAUACAAUUGUGAUGGAGGCUACUCAGUGCAGGUUGGAGAUAAAGAUUAUCUUGUUCAUGGCCAUCUUGAAAAAUCCAGUGAUGGCUUCUUUCAGCUGAAGUACAGUAUAGAUGGAAACCACAUCAAAGCAAGCUUAGUUAAGGAGGGCCCUAAUUUGCAUAUUUUCACCAGAGAAGGAUUUUACCAAGUCAGCAUUCCAACUCCAAAGUACCUUAAAGUCGGAACAGUUGGAGGAGGUACUCAAGAUGCUGUGUCACCAAUGCCAGGAGUUAUAGAAAAAGUUUACGUGAAUGAUGGUGAUACGGUCCAACAUGGUGAUCCUCUGGUGGUGAUCAUAGCUAUGAAGAUGGAGUAUGUCGUCAAAGCCCCAAAAGAUGGUAUAGUUGAGAAAGUACUAUUCAAAGCGGGAGACAAAGUUUCCAAGAACUCUCCAUUAGUUCACUUCCAAGAAGAAGCUCCUGUUGGUUCUACGAAUUCAGAAGCUUAAAAUUAGAUUAUAGAUAUACAUCUGACAAGAUUUGGUAUACAAUGAAAGGAUACGUAGCAGUACAUAUAAUAAUUUGUAAAAUAGGUAAGCAUUUCAAACAAAUUGUGAAGAUUAUCAUAUUAUGUUUAAACAACACUUUACAGAUGGUCUGUUUUGAAUACAUAUAAUAAUCUACAAUAAUAACUUGUUUCUAUACGAGAUAAUAAAUUAUGUUUUACUAUUAUUA